CCAAAAUCCAAUGUAUUGAACGACUCACUCGACAAUCAACCGCCAUGAAGCUGCUACUGCCGUUUGCCGCCAUCAACCUGGCAGUCUGCGUGGCGCUCGUCAGCUGCGCCUGUUACCUGCGGCUGGGCGAACGGAAGCCGAUUGACUUUUACAUGCGUACACUGCACGCGUCCGAGGGACCGGUCGAACCGGCGGAAAACCUCACCCUCCUGUUUGACUACGCCGGUGAUCCGCUGUUCAACGAGGAGCUGACGUACAUUGACGUGUACGGAUCGGUUUCGAGCUGCGUCUUCCAUGUGUACACCUUUAACAACAAAACCAUACGGGUCAGCCUUACGAGCGAGGAACCGUUGAGGAGCUUGACCGGGAAUAUGACGAUUUACGGAAUUCGGUGGGCGAAUUGAAAAUGUGAUUUGUAAAAAUGUAAAUACUAAAAUUGGUCAUAUGCAAUCUACUGUACAAUACUAAAUCCACUAAAGUCGGUGAUUGUCUUUCUAAAAAAAUUACAUUUCAUUUAAAAAAACUAUUGGUAGUGCUGCCAGAAAACCCCAAAAUCAGGCGACAUCUCAAGACAAGUAUUUUUACAAAUAUGAUUUGAAGUAACUGGGAAU